AUGUGUCAAGACAAUCAAACAAAAGUCUCAGAAAUCCAUCUUCUUGGAGUACAAGGUCUAGGCAACUUCAAACCUCUAAUCUUCACGGUCCUACUUUUAUUUUACAUUGCAAUAGUGACCGGAAACUUUUUAAUUAUCCUUCUAGUGUCAACCAAUAAAAAGCUCAAAAUUCCAAUGUUCCUCUUUCUCCAGCACCUUGCUUUCGCUGAUUCCCUCCUAGCCACUUGUAUUAUACCAAUGAUGGCAGAGAUAAUAAUAAGGACAAAGGGGAAAAUGUCUGUUGCUGGCUGUAUCACACAAAUGUAUUUAUAUUAUAUCUUUGGAUUUGUGCAAUGUUUUAUUCUUGCUGUAAUGUCUUAUGAUCGAUAUGUAGCUAUUUGUAACCCUUUACAUUACAUUGUAAUUAUGAACCACAGAAUCUGCUUCUUGUUGGGUUAUGGUUGUUGGGUAUUAACUUGGAGCAUGUCAUCAUCCGAAUUUAUUUUGAUAAUUCAGUUUCAGUUUUGUGGCCCCAGUGUUAUUUAUUAUUUCUUUUGUGAUUUUGGUCCAGUUAUGCAAUUGUCCACAUCAGACACAUCUAUCGCACAAUGGCUAGACUUCACAUACUCUCUCCUAUCCGCAUUCUGUGCUCUUACCUUUAUCAUCGGGACAUACAUCUACAUUUUUGUUAUCAUUCUCAAGAUUUCAUCUUCUACUGCCAGAAAGAAAUCCUUUUCAACAUGUAGCUCCCACCUGCUCUCUGUAGGUGCAUAUUAUGGGUCCUUGAUCACUAUUUAUGUGACUCCAUCCAGUGAGAUGUCACCUAACAUAAACAAGUCACCUAACGUGAACAAGUACAGUUGUUUGUUAUACACUGUGUUGACCCCAUUGAUGAAUCCUCUCAUAUAUAGCCUGAGGAACCAGGAGAUAAAACAAGCUCUUCAUAAAAAGUUGAAUAACAUUUUAGCAGCAAAGUGA